AAGCAUUCACAGUCAGAUCAGCUCCACCUCCCGCCGCUAACACACGUGUGGACGAGAAAGAAACCUGAGCAAAGGGAGCGCAUGACAAGCAGAGCAAUGCUGCGCUCCUGCGCCGGCCACGGCGCCAGGACGGUCGCCUCUCCGCGCACGGCCACGCCGCCGCACCGCGGCAGGCGCCAGCACCUCCUCCGCCCGCGCAGCAGCGCAAAGAAGUCCCCCCAGGAAGCAGAGCGAGGCGGGGGCAACGCCAACAACGGCCUCGCCGGCGCGCUCCCCAGCAAGACCGUGCUCCUGCGCGCCGGCGCGGUUCUCUUCGCCCUCGGCUUCGUCGACGCCGGGUACAGCGGCGACUGGUCCCGCAUCGGCGCCAUCUCCAAGGACACCGAGGAGCUGCUCAAGCUCGGGGCCUACGCCGUCGUGCCUCUCUGCCUGGCCCUCGCACUCCGGAUGCCCGGAGACGGCGGCAGUGAAUCUUAGGAAGAGCGAGAGCUGCAUACCAUGGUUCUGUAUUCUGCUCACUGCUCAGUGGGUCGAGCGGUCAGCUGUAAACUGCUUAGUGCUGGCAGAGUUUUAGAGGACCGGGGAGGUUUAGGAACUUCAGCAGUGUUUCUUGUUGCCUGUCUAGCGUCUAAUUUUGGCAAAUUGAACUGCAUAUUCCUUCCUUACCUGCACGGAUCCAUACACAUGCCUCGUGAAUUUUCAUAUGUGGCUAAGUUUA